UCCAACGUCCACACUCCACUCUGCCAUCAUGUCCGCCAUGAUCGCUCGCUCAGCCAUUCGUGCCGCUCGUACAGCAAGGCCUGCCCAGGCCCGCACUUUCAACACUUCUCGCCCAUUAUACUCCAACCCAAUCACAGGCGAGGGCAAAGAAGAGGGAAAGGCCGCGCUCAAGGCCGGAGCUCGUCGUGAUCCCGAGCUCUACGUCCUAUUUGCUAUUAUGACCGGCGUUUUUGGUCUUGCUGGAUGGCAUUUUUCCCGUAACCCAACGUCGUCCUCUUCCGAGAGCGCUGUUGGCCAAGCCGCCCAUACUGAGCCAUGGAAGGAGGGAGGCGGAAAGGGCAAAUAUCAAUUCCACCCCGGUGGUGAUAAAAAUGCUCCCCGCAAGGAUGCUCCUUCCGCUCUCAAUGUCACGAUCAUUCCAAACGUCAAUCUACCUAAAUCCUUACAUGAUCAAUUCAACAAGUACGGCAAGGAAGACUGGUAAAUUAUAGAUACCUUGACUGGGGGACGGAAAGAGAAUCAUUAGAAUUGCUUCGAAAGGACGCAUGUACAGUUUCGGCGCCAGGAGAUAUCGUUGAUGUAGCAUAACAAUCGUUCAAUCAAGUACCUUUCUUUGUAAUCGCGAUGGGCCGUUAAACUACUCGAAGUUGCGAGGAGCCACACACUUGGACAGAGGAAUAACUGGACGCAAACAUGACCCUCGCUGCAAUUGGGUGCCAGAGCACCAUAUCUAUCUUCACCGAUCCGAUCCGUCCGGGCUACCACACCAAGUACAAAGUAAUAGUGUUAGUUCCUAGGCAGUGCGUUCAUUAUACGGUCAAAAGCCAACAAAAUCCAGAUACCAAACGUCUGGCUACUGGUAAUUACAUGAG